AUGUCCAGCCUUCCACAAUCAGAGCUGUCUGCCCCGCCCUCCUCCCCAGGCUAUGCCUCAAAUGAGGACGAUGAGACUCCAAGCCAGACCAAGUCGACGCCCAAACCAAAGUCCAAGUUCCUGCAGUACCCGCCAGAGGUGCCACGUCUGACCCGUCUUGGUCCUUGUAUUUUCGGCGCAAACACUGGACCGGUUGCUGAUGGUGCCGACCUGACCAAGCUUACUGUUCCCAUGCUCAAGGAGCAGCUCGCCAUACGAGGGAUGCCCGAGAAUGGCAAGAAGAAGGACCUGAUCGAGCGACUGACGAACUGGAAGACCUACAAGCCCGAGACCGUCGCUGUUAGGGAGGCAUCAGACAACCGUCCCUUCGGUCCCAUCUCCCAGAAAGUCAGCGCCACAGGCGAGAAGCGCUCCUGGGCCAUGUCGGAUGAGAAGGGUCACCUCAACGCCGUCAAGAAAGUCAUGCAGGAGUCGAUGUUUAUCAUCAAGCAGCAUACCAACUACGACGGAUCGCCAGGAUUAACUUCCAGCGUCCGCGGAUCGAGCUCCGACACGUAUGAGGUCACGAUUAGCAACAAGACCUCCUGCACCUGCUCGAGCAUCGUACACGUCCUGACGCACGUUCUGCGUGCUCCUGCCGAGCUUCUCCCGCAGAGAACCCUCUUCACCGAAGAGCUCACGAAGCUCCUUGAUCGUGCGCCCAAAGUGCGGUUCACCACGGCCGAGGUCAGCACUGACCCCUCUAUGUCGGAUGGCGUUCCCAAGUCGAAGGACGGCAAGUGUUGCCCGGUCUGCUUCAAGGACAUCGACCAAGCGCAGACAGUCUGCUGCAGCAAGUGUGGCAGCCAUACGCACUCUUCCUGCUUCAAUGCCUAUGCGGGGGAGUACAGCGGCUGGGGCGUCAAGUGUGCCGUUUGCCAGGGUGAGUGGUCGCCCGCAGCUGUCUAA